AUGGGUGAUGUACUGCAGGCCUACCCACCAGAUGGCUCUUUGUUUAAGAUCUUACACUCGGCCUACCAUUUUACUGCUAAAGCCUUCCAAUACAAGUACACCAGUCGCCGAAUGAUACCACCCGAACUGCUCAUAGAACAAGGCCGGCAGCUCGCGAACUUGAAACAGUGGCUAUCGCUCAACGAGAUUCCAUCUACUUCAGACAUCGAAUCACACGAAUCGCUCAUCGUUCUCCGCUCCCAAUGUCUUGCUGCCCUUGUCAACACCGCCACUAUCAUGGAGCCACGUGAGACAGCCUACGACUGCUACCGUCCGGAGUUUGAAGAAAUCAUCACAUCGAUUGGGGCCUUAUUUCUCAGCAAAAACCUCCAAGGUGCGCCAACACAAAAGGCUUCAGACUGGCUGCCGUCUUUCGUGCCGGAAAUGGGUAUAAUUCACCCGUUGUAUUUCGCUGCGAAAAAAUACAGAAGUCCAUUCUGGCGCCGGCAAGCCUUGAGCCUUAUCCUAAAAAGUGGAAAGGAAGGUCCUUGGUGCGCUGAGACGGAAGGGUCCCUAAUAGCAGCCAUCAUCAACGCCGAAGAAGGGAGCUUCAACAAGGAUUUGCUUCGUUUGGGGCAUACGCUGGACCAAAGUCCCGCUUGUAUACCAGAGGAGCAGAGAUUCGGCCACGUCUGGGCGAGUGAUCCUGAAGGCGAAGAUGGAGAGUGUACUUACGAGACGAGGAAAAGAUAUACGAGGACCAUAAUGUUUAGAUGUCGGGAUGUAGAAGCGUACAUGCGGGAUAGAAAGGGCCAGAUUCCGAGGGGCAUUCCGUGGGUAGACCCUGAGCUGGAUGAGAUCGAUGAUGAGUGGUGGAUUAAACGGGAAGAGCCUUUGGAGAUAAUGUUUUCAGUUAGAGAAGAGACAGCAUGA